AUGCCCAGUGGUGCUGUGCAGUACACGUUCGUGAGGAAUCAACCCGUUUUCCGAUGUUUUUGCAAGGAGUGCGACAUGUAUUGAAUAACGCGGCGAGUCUAUGAAGUUCCCUUAAUCUUAAAGACGUGUGAUACAACGGACGUGUUCUUUGAAAUAAGAGUGAAAAUGUCAAAUGAAUCUGAAACACAAACUGACGGAGAACUGGUUGUGGUUGUGACAGAGUGAGAUGCCAGUUGUUGUAUUUUGAGCAUCCAUUUAAUUUCCAACCUCGUUUUGUACGCGUUUAAAACACAAGCAUAAAUUCUUUUGAAAAUCUAAACAUGGAUACAGAUGCAAACAUUAUCUGUCCCCAAACAGUUAAAUAAGACUGCUAAAAGGCAACUCUCUCGCCAUGUUAAGCAAGCAACGUCCAAGCAUAUAGGUCCCGAUUUGACUCACACCUGCCUGCUUUGACCAAUGUUUUUAACAUUAUCUCUAUACACGUGAGCAGUGCUACAUGUGAUCCUGUAGACACAAAAACUUGGACAGUGUAAGAAAAAUAUAUCGUAAAAAAAUAUUCACCAUGAGUGCUGAUGAGCCUCCGCGCACGCACCAAAAUGGCCACGCACCUUCACGCCAGAGGGAACUGCACCGCCUCUCGCAAAACAUCCAUCAGAGCCUCAUGCAAUGGUACCACAGGCAACUUACGAGGCACGACGAGCGACAGCAGGCACAGCAACAGCAGCAGUCGCAGCCGUACCUCCAGCAACAGGUCUUCCCUCAGCAGCAUCAGAAUGUCCUUCCUGGGCGACAACCUCAACCAGCGAACCAGUUCCAGCCGGUGCAGCAACCCCUAGUAACCUACCACGUGGUGCGAAGGCCUCGAAGCAGCCUUCGAAGGGAUAUCCUGACCAAGCUGCCGCCCUACCUGCAGAGGGGGACCACGGUGUGUUGUGGUUGCAGAAUGUCGGGCGUGAGCAUCCUGCCUCUGUUUCUCCUGGGUUCUGUCUUGGUCUUCAUCGGCAUCUUCGUCCUCACCAGCGGGUCCUCGGGCAUGAGCAGCGUCCUUAUGAUGACUGGAUUCGUGCUGGUGCUGUUCUACGUGUGGCUGUGUCGCAAGGCCCGGAAGGAGUACGAGGCCCUGCCCUUGGACCACCCGGAGCGCCUCUACUAUGCCAACCCGCAGCGACACCACGUCAGGAUUUUCGACUCGAGCCAGCUGCCGCCCGGAACACAGAUGGUGCACUUCUCCCCCACGCCCACGGCCUACCCGUCGAUGCACACGCAGGUGGUGCAGCUGACGCCCGUGACGAGAACGGGCUUGCCACCUGAGGCGCAGAUGGGACACUUCCCGACCCCCCCGGACACGCCCCAGCGACUGGGCGGGUCGUCGAGGGCGCCUCCGUACGACUCCUUGCGACCCUACGAUGACGACGAUAAGCCCCCUGCCUAUGAGGAUCUGUAUAAGGAUGUCUGAGGAGGAAUUGCACCUAGAAGGGAGGGAGAGUGAGAGAGAGAGAGAGAAUGAG